CUUUUAAAAACAAUAAAUCUCUCCCAUCUCACCAAGUGUCAACCAUCUCCACCACCUCGCCGCCUUCCACCCACCACUCGCAUCCCCAUCUCCGCCGUUGCCAAUAUCUCGCCACGUUCAAACACACCCCACCCCACCCUUCAUAUCAAUACCCUCUUCUCAUUAACACCAUCCCUAUUCGAUCACAUAACCCCAAUCACUCCUCACCUUCCAUUCCUCUACAAAUCCCAUUCAAAAAUCUUCACAACAACAACAACAAAUUAUCACCAACAACAGAUAUUCCAUAUUCAUAUUCAUAUUCAUAUUCAUAUUCAUAUUCAUAUUCAUAUUCAUAUUCAUAUUCAUAUUCAUAUUCAUAUUCAUAUCAUGUGUGGGGAUUGACGUAUAAAUUAUUCAUUCCUUUACAAAAAUCUUCACAACAAAUUAUCACCAUUCACCAACACAUUCAAUAUUCAUUUUGUGUGGAGAUUGCCAUACACGUUAUCGUUACACAUUCUCUCAAAUUCAGAAAACUAAAUGACGAUGAGAUUACCUCAAAUUGGAGCCAUAUCCGCAUCUUCAAUCCCAUCCUAUUCAUCCGAUUCUUCUUCAUCCGACUCAAACAACGUGAACAAAUCGUUCUGGCGGUGCGCAGAAGCGAAUCCUAGGUUUCAAGUACCGAAAAAAGCUAUACAACCAGACUUAUUACUGUCAUCGCAAUCAAUUCGAUGUGAAUAUAAUCCAGAUCUAUCAAUUGCUCGUCAAACGUUGACAGAACCUCCGGUUCCAACGGAGCGGAAGUAUAAGACAGGCUGUGGUGGCGGGACGACGACAGGCAAAGGUGUACCGGUGUACGUGAUGCUGCCGUUGGACAGUGUAACGAUGGCGAACGGUGUGAACCGGAGGAAGGCGAUGAACGCGUGUUUUCAGGCGUUGAAGAGCGCGGGAGUGGAGGGGGUGAUGAUGGACGUGUGGUGGGGGUUGGUGGAGAGAGAGGUGGCCGGAGAGUAUAAUUGGGGUGGUUAUUCAGAGCUGUUGGAGAUGGCGAAGAGGUAUGGGUUGAAGGUACAGGCGGUUAUGUCGUUUCAUCAGUGUGGUGGUAAUGUGGGUGACUCUUGCACGAUACCACUUCCAAAAUGGGUGGUGGAAGAGAUCAACAAGGAUCAGGAUUUAGCAUACACAGAUCAAUGGGGAAGAAGGAACUAUGAAUAUCUUUCUCUUGGAUGUGAUACAAUCCCAUGCCUCAAAGGCAGGACUCCGAUCCAGUGCUACGCGGACUACAUGCGUGCUUUCAGGCACAGGUUUUCGCAUCUUCUUGGGGACACCAUUGUUGAAAUUCAAGUUGGAAUGGGUCCUGCAGGAGAACUUAGAUAUCCAUCUUAUCCGGAGAAAGAUGGAAUAUGGAAAUUCCCGGGGAUAGGAGCCUUCCAGUGCUACGACCAGUACAUGCUUUGUAGCUUGAAAGCGGCAGCGGAGAACUAUGGUAAACCAGAAUGGGGAACCACCGGCCCUACUGACGCCGGUGAAUACAACAACUCACCGGAAGAAACCAACUUCUUCAAAAGGGAAUGUGGUGGCUGGAACGGGGAAUACGGCAAGUUCUUCCUCUCCUGGUACUCCCAAAUGCUGUUAGAUCACGGCGAACGGAUUCUAACAUCUGCCACAUCCAUUUUCAACAACCGAGGGGUCAAGAUCUCCGUCAAAGUCGCAGGAAUCCACUGGCACUACGGAACACGCUCCCACGCCUCAGAGCUCACCGCGGGCUACUACAACACCCGCUUCCGAAACGGAUACCUCCCAAUAGCCAAAAUGCUAAGCCGCUUCAACGCUGUUCUUAACUUCACCUGUGUCGAGAUGCGUAACCAUGAGCAGCCUCAGGGUGCACAUUGCUCGCCCGAGAAUCUCGUGCAGCAAGUGGCGUUGGCGACACGAGAAGCACAUGUGUCGAUCGCUGGAGAGAAUGCGUUGCCGCGAUAUGAUGAUUAUGCACUUGAGCAGAUCCUGAGGGCAGCGGAGAAGGCAGAGAUGUGUGCGUUUACGUAUCUGCGAUUGAAACGAGAAUUGUUUGAGGUAGAAAACUGGAGGAAGUUUGUGGCGUUUGUGAAGAAGAUGAAAGAAGGGAAAGAUGUAGAGAGAUGUUGGGAACAAGUGGAGAAAGAGGCUGAACAUUUUGUGCAGGUGACACAGCCAUUGGUGCAAGAAGCUGCUGUUGCUCUUAUUGAAUACUAGUGGGAUUAUUUAGAACAGAAUGUGUAAAGUUGUAAUGGCAGUCAUAUAGAUGUAAAUAAAAACAUAUUUGUUCAUUAA